AUGAAGCUGCUUCGCAGAGCCGCGCGGGCGCACGGAGACCGAGACGCCCUGCCGUCGGCAACUGCGGCGCCGCAAAAGCUGUCAGGGCCGCCUAAGGCUCCGGAGCAGGUCGAAUUUCCCCUGCGACCAGUCUCGCCGGAGCCGAAUCCGACUGCGGUGUCUAGGCAGCGGCACACUUCUUCACGCAAGCAGAGUGCAGCAUUCACGUACCUGAAGGACGAAGGCGAUGCCAAGAGGGAACAUCUCAGGUCAUUACUGAGCUCUUGCAACAGCUGGCACCAAGCCAGCAGUGCAAUGAAGAUAAGGUUUGGCGACAAGGGAUCAACGCAAGUCUUCCAGACCAUUGCGACACUGGAGAGUAUGGACACCUCAGGACUUUCCUCUCGCAAUCGAAUCCCAUGGACUGCUGAGGAGCACACCUUUCUGCAGUCUCAUGUCCCGAAAUGCGCGACGUGGAAGGAGGUCUACGAUGGGUUAGAAGCCGAGUAUCCAGAAGGCCGAAGUAUGGCAACAGUCCGUCAUUGCAUUACGAAGCAAAAGAUCGAUAUAUCGCAGCUGAGCAGUCCAAAACCGUGGACUCUGGGAGAGGACAAUGUUCUGGGAGAGUUUUUUGAUUCUGGAGUUCCUCGACCUCAGUUUCCCACUCGUUUCCAGGAGAAGUUCGGCUCUGGGCGUACCCAUGGCGCGAUCAUAGAGAGAACUCAACUACUGGGACUGCUGAAGAAGGAGAAUUGGUCUGAGGCCGAGUUGCAGAAUGUUCGAGACUAUGGCAACCUUGACCUCCAGGACUUUUGCGCUCAAUUCCGGCAAAAGUUUGGACUUGAUCGGACGUUCAAAGCACUCAAAAGACAGCGACUUUUGCAGAGAUCAGCUCAACCGGACUAA